UUUUAAACAUAAUUUACAUUUUUAUACAAGGUUUUAUUUAUUGGUUAUAUCCUGUCUUCGGGGAGAUGGACAGUUUAAAAGUAUGAAUAUAAAUAAGUAAAUAAAUAUAAUAACCAAUAUUCUGUUCUCAUGUUGCAGGAAUCAUUUUUCCAGGACAUUGAUCUGUUACAGAAGCAUGGAAUUAAUGUAGCAGACAUUAAGAAACUGAAAUCAGUAGGAAUUUGCACAAUCAAGGGGAUUCAGAUGACAACUAAGCGGGCAUUAUGUAAUGUGAAGGGACUUUCGGAAGCCAAAGUAGAGAAGAUAAAAGAAGCAGCCAACAAACUUAUAGAACCAGGGUUUCUGACUGCUUUUGAGUAUAGUGAGAAGCGAAAGAUGGUAUUUCAUAUUACCACUGGAAGCCAGGAAUUUGAUAAACUCCUAGGUGGUGGGAUUGAAAGCAUGGCUAUCACAGAAGCCUUUGGAGAAUUCCGAACAGGCAAAACCCAACUUUCGCAUACUCUUUGUGUGACAGCCCAACUUCCAGGAGCAGAUGGAUAUACAGGAGGGAAGAUUAUUUUCAUUGACACAGAAAACACAUUUCGUCCAGACCGCCUCCGUGACAUUGCUGAUCGCUUCAAUGCAGAUCAUGAGGCAGUUCUUGACAACGUCUUGUAUGCACGGGCUUAUACUAUCCUGAAAUGCCUGAAAAUGAAGCCACAUUUGCAAUAACUGCUGGAGGAAUAGGAGAUGCCAAAGAGUAGGCUUAUCUUAGUGAUAAACAACUGAGAAACUCCCAUCAAAUUAUAUCAAAUGUUAUUUAGUUCCUAGUUACUUCUGUUUAUAUUCCAAAUUUAGAAAAGUUAAAAUUGAGAGGUAGAAAUGAUUGCUGGAAAUGUUCUUAUCUUUUGAUAUUGCUGAGCACAUCUGCAUUGUUCAUAGGACAAGUCAAUCAUGUGUAAUCAUCCUUUUCAUAACAGCACUAAUUUUGUGCAGGAUAUUUCUAGGAGUUAGAAUACUAAUGCACUGCAGUUUCAAAAAUCUGAAAAAAGUCUAGAGAUCAAAAGAAUCAUUUUUUAAUUUAAAACAUCUCAAAAUGCUUUACGAAUCCUUAAACAUUUUAAGGCCUUUUAGUGUACUAAUUUUAGCUUUAACAUAUAGAAUUACCGUAACUGAAAGUAAUUUAAAAAAAUAUAAAUUUGGCAACUCUCUAGAUAAGGAGUUUCUAGGUAAAGUAGGCUGGAAUUAAAAUUGGAAAUUGGUUUUACACAAGGAAUAUUCAUUAUUUGCAAAGUUUAAAUAUUUGUUUAAUUGUAAUUAAAAUACCUGUACAUGUACUUCAUGUAAAAUCAAACAAUUGCCCCUCUUUUUUUCUUUGAAAGCAAAUGAUACUGUCUAUUCCAUCUAUGGAUGUGUAAAAUAAGUUUCACAAAUCUAAGUAAAUAUCUUAUAGCAUA